UAUGCAAUCCCAAAUCUUGGAUUAGAAUUUGCGCUUCCAGAGUUGACAUUUUUUUCCAUUAUUCACCGAAAUUCUUUCUGGUACUCAGAAUUAUUGAGGAGAAUACCGAGGCAUUUUACGAGAACGUUUGCCACAGCAACAGAGAGGAAACAUGUGAAUGACGAGCCCAUCCAGACUUUUCGUACAACCGAGAGCGAUCCAGUGAAUCACAGCAAAGAUCAUGUCAAUAGAUUCUACACGGUGCCUCCAUCAGUUGUCCAGACAAUCUUUCAUCACGGAGGAUUGCCCAAGAAGUUCCAAAAUCAGACUGGCAGCUUCGUUGAGACCUGUCUACUGGUCAGAGAACCAGCCUUGGAAAUUAUUUCCUGUCUGAAUGUAACAGACUACUCCAAACCAAUCAACAGAUACAUUCUGUACGGCGAGAAUGGAAGUGGAAAAUCCCUGACCCUGGCACAUAUUUUACAUUACGGAUUAUCCUCAAAGAACCUUCUAGUCCAUAUUCCUUGGGUCGCUGAUUGGUUCAGAAAACCCAAAGAAGUGGCAGCAUCAACAACGAAAGAGGGUUUCUACGAUCUGCCUGUUGAUGCAGCAGCUUGGCUAGUUCGUUUCAAGCAUCAAAAUCGUGCCCUUCUGCAGGAGCUCGACUUGAGAUUAACCAAGACCUACGAAUGGAGUAUACGUGAGCACACACCCAGUGGAAGUCCUCUCCUGGCACUGAUAGACCUAGGGGUGACUCGUAUUAAAUAUGCCUGCGAUAUAAUCGAUGUUCUACUUGAGGAACUGAGAAUCUCGUGCACCUCUGGUAAAUGCAAAGUUCUGGUUGUUAUCGAUGGAUUCAAUUCCUUCCUGGGGGACGAUACAGAGAUCCGAGUGGAGAAUCGACGAAAGGUUUAUCCAGAUAAAGUCACUCUCACCAAUUCAUUCUUAAAUGCUGUUAGGAGCGACUGGUGCAAUGGAGCUGUCGUCCUUAGUGUCGAUCAACUUGCUGUUAUUAAAGAAGCACACGAGUCAAUUUAUCCUCGUUACCUCCUGGGGAAAGAGGGCUUCGAGCUCCUAGAUCCAUUUUUACCAGUUCACGUGCAAGAGUAUACAGCAGACGAAUUCGAAACAACAAUGGAAUACUACAAAAACCGAAAAUGGGUGAGGGAAAUCACCCCUGAGGGUCAACGAGAAUUGGAACUACUGUCCAACAGAAAUCCCUACAGAUUGAUGCGAUUAACAGCUUCAUUAUAAUUCUAGAUGCAGAACAAUAAUAAUAACAUGAAUUUAUAAAUUAUAAACGACUCCUUCAAUUCUA